GAGUUCUGGUUUGGGGACAUCCCAAAAUUGGCCUUGUGCUGGUCUGGCUUUCGGGGGUGCCACCCUGCGCCCCACAAACACCUUCCUGCCGCGCUGGGGGUGGGAGAUGCCGCGGUGGCCACGGUGGCCACCGGCUCCACGGCAUCGCCGCGGGGUCCCGGGUGGCACAGGGUGGCACAGGGUGGCAGAGGGGGGGGUGACACACCCACCAGGAAUUUGGGAAUAUCCCCAUUCCCAGCCUCCAGCUCCCAAAUCCCGGCUCUGCUGGGCGAGCCCGCCGUGUGGCCACCAGCCACGGCUCCGUGGCCAUUCCCACGCGGCGCCGCGGCCGUGCCAGGCCCGGCUGGAUGGGGAACCGUGGGGAAGGAGUCCCGGCCAGGAGGCGUUUCCCGGCCCCACGCUGGCGCCGGGCCAGGCUCCCAAAUGAGACGCCUCGCACCGCGGAGCUCCCACUCACUCGCACCUCCCGGUAUAAAACCCCGGCCCGCAUCAGCCCGCGCACACCUGGGCCAGCCCGAGCUGCAGGACCCCACCGCAGAGGAGAGACCCCCAGAGACCCCCGAGCAGCAGGAUGGGCCAGUGCAACUGCCGCAAGAAGCGCAAGGACGGCCAGGAGCUGACGGACGUGGAGCGCGCCAUCGAGACGGUGAUCAGCCAGUUCCACUGCUACGCCGUCAAGGGCCAGAAGGAAUUCCUGACCCCCAACGAGAUGCAGGAGCUGGUGGUGCAGAAACUGCCGCACCUGGGCAAGUGCGUGGGACCGCUGGAGGAGAAGAUCGAGUGCAUGGGCGACCCGAAUGAAGCCAAACUGGAGUUCGGGGAGUACUGGGACAUGAUGGGGGACGCGGCCAAGGGCUGCCGGAGGAAGUAGAGGGGCUCGGGGGGGACGGGAAGGAGCCCGAGCCUCGGGCUCUGCUGCUGCCGCCAUUGCCGGGGGUCCCGGGGGGUAAAAAAAGAGAAUCCCCCUCCCGGCUGCAUCCUCACCCUCCUGGCUUCCCCUUCCCGGCCGGAGCGACCCCUCCCGCCGCAGCUCGGGGGGUUUUCCCCCCUGGAACCCCCAAAACAUCACAGACAGAGGGGCUGAGCUCCUUUCCCCACCUCCUGAAUUUUUUUUGGGGGUUUUCCCCCCUGAAACACCCGGAGCAUCACAGCCAGAGGGGCUCGGCUCAUUUUCCAUCCACCUGAAUUUUUUGGGGGGUUUUCCCCCCUGAUCCCCCAAAAAAUCAUAACUAGAAGAGCUCAGCUCCUUUCCUCACCCCCUGAAUCUUUUUGGGGUUUUUCCUCCUGGACCCCUUGUCCCCAUUACAGCCAGAGGGGCUCGGCUCAUUUUCCCACCCCCUGAAUUUUUUUUUGGGGGGUUUUCCCCCCUGGAACCCCCCGGAGCAUCACAACCAGAGGGGUUCAGCUCCUUCCCCCCACCUCUGAAUUUUUUGGGGGGUUUUCUUCAUCUCUCACCCCAAAAACAUCACAGUGAGAGGGGCUCAGCUCUUUUCCCACCCCUGAAUUUUUUGGGGUUUUUUUUUCCAUCUCUCACCCCCAAAAAAUCACAGUGAGAAGGGCUCAGCUCUUUCCCCCCACCCCUAAAUUUUUUUUGGGGUUUUUCCUCCAUCUCUCACCCCAAAAACAUCACAACCAGAGGGGCUCAGCUCCUUCCCCCACCCCUAAAUUUUUUUUGGGGGGUUUUUCCUCCACCCCUGUCACCCCCCGGCCAUGUGGGGGUACAGGCGGCCCGGGAACCUUCCCCGCUGAUUUUUGGGGGGUUAUUUUGGGAUGUGCCCCCCCACAUCUGCCGGGACUGGGGUCAGCUCGGGGCCGCUCGCGACCGUUUUUUUUUUGUAUAAAUUAAUAAAGGAAAACAAUGGGAAAAAAACAAAAAAA